AAAAUGUUGAAUCAGUCCAAAUGAAAUGAUAACUUUGUCCUUUAUAUUUCAGAGCGUGUACAGUGUACAUAUAUUAUAGCUAUGGAGUUUCAGGACCACCUCUCUGAAGAGCAGGAAAUGGCUCUCCAGCAACACCACCACCACCACCACCAAAACGCGGUCGUUUUGCGCUCUAUGCUUCCCGAUCAGCAACCCUCUCCUUCUCCCAAGUCUCCGCCCUCCUCCACCUGGCUCAACGCCUCCCUCCUCCGCCGCCACUUCACCGGCUCCCCCAACUUCCUCCACCUCCAGACCUCCAACAACUCCGACUCCUCCACCUCCAACCACUGGCUCUCUCCCUCCGAGCACGCCUCGGAAUCGAUGAAAAAUCUCGGCCAGCACAGGGAGGGCGACGGAGGGAACAACGACAAUCGCCAUAGCAGCGAGAAGAGCAGCUGGGAGAGGGACAAGUGCAAGGCGGACGUUCUGAGCCAUCCUCUGUACGAUCAACUGCUGGCGGCUCACAUCUCGUGCCUGAGAAUCGCCACGCCGGUCGACCAGCUCUCCAGAAUCGACUCUCAGCUCGCUCAGUCCCACAACGUUGUCGCUAAGUACUCUGUUCUCGGUCAGGGUCAACCGCCUCUGGAUGAGAAAGACCUUGAUCAGUUCAUGACACAUUAUGUUUUGUUGCUCUCUUCCUUCAAAGAACAACUGCAGCAACAUGUCCGAGUGCAUGCUAUGGAAGCUGUCAUGGCCUGCUGGGAACUUGAGCAAUCCCUACAGAGCUUAACAGGGGUAGCGCCAGGUGAAGGUACAGGUGCAACGAUGUCUGAUGAUGAUGAAGACCACGACGACAGUGAUGCCAACUUGUUCGAUGGAGGUUUUGAUGGGCCAGACUCCAUGGGCUUCGGCCCUCUAGUUCCUACUGAAACUGAAAGGUCACUGAUGGAGCGAGUGCGACAAGAGUUGAAGCAUGAGCUCAAACAGGGUUACAAAGAAAAGAUAGGAGACAUCAGAGAGGAAAUUUUACGCAAAAGAAGGGCGGGAAAGUUGCCUGGGGACACUACUUCUGUCCUAAAGGCUUGGUGGCAGUCACACUCAAAAUGGCCUUAUCCAACGGAGGAAGACAAAGCAAGGUUAGUAGCAGAAACUGGGUUGCAAUUGAAACAGAUAAACAAUUGGUUCAUCAAUCAAAGGAAGAGAAAUUGGCAUAGCAAUGCUUCCUCAUCAACUUCUUCUCAGAAGAGCAAACGCAAGAGUGCAGGUGAAAAAUCAAACAGCGAGCAUUUCAUGUGAGAAGUCAUCAGUAAUACUUAUAUCAGAGGAUACAAGAAUCAACCUUGAAUCAACCAAAGGUUUGGCAAGUAAAAAUUAAAAGACAGAGUUUCAAGACCCUAUCAGUUCUAGACUUCCGAUGUACUAGAUUGUAUGUUUUUGUGUCGGGAGGAGUAUAAAUGUGUAUACAUUAGUAAUAUAUUUUUUGCUGGUUGGCGUGGCAGCAUCUACAUUUCUAGGGGAUUUCACUUUGGGGUUGUACACUGUUCUUUGUUAGCACAAGUAUAUGUGUAGGUGAUGGUUUAGAUCUCCAGGUAAUUUAUUUAUAUAAAACAUUAAAACUUAGUGGACAUUGGCAACAACAUAUAGUCUACUUUAAGCUUAGGAUGCGUAUUAGCUGUUUGAUAUGUGUUUUAAUAGCUGUUAUGUGGUUGAUCUAACCUCCAGGUCACAUCCCAAAUUACUUCAACACUUUCU